AUGAUAGCAGACAAGUCGCCAGUCACUAUUGUUUGUGUUUUCCUCAAUUUAAUUAGUCUGACGGAGCGCGCUACCGUUAUUUCGGUUGCCAUGGAGCACUUUUGGCCACGAUUCAGCUCGGGCGAUAUCGGGGCUAUUUCACUACACAUUCUUGUACGAGUGCAACUGUGUUUGACAACUGUGACGUCACCGCCUAGAUCUCUGAUUGGGGAGGGUAAAUGGAUUGGGGCUUACCGCAAAUUCGCCGGCAAUGUUACCUAUAACAGCGAUUAA